AAAAAAGAAUUCAAUGUUGAACAGGAUGACAGGGCCUUGCUGACUAUUGCAAAUAACAAAAGAGCAUGACGCUGUACCAAUACCACAAAACAUGUGCAGGACAGAGUGGUGGCACGAGGCAGCUCCAUUCAGAUGGUCCAAGGACACUUUCACAGUUGCGAGAUGAUUGAAUUUGGUUUUGAAAGAAAAUGAGGAGUUAAACAGAUGGAGUGUGGGGUAUAAUUUGUGAACUGAAUGUGAAAUGAAACAGGUGAUGGCAGUAUGGAAUCAGGUAGGAACAUUCACAACUGUUUUGACGGAAAUGUAAAUGAUUCCAUGAGAUGCCCUACACGAGCAGAGCGGGAGCUAACUUGCAGUCGGUCGAAUAAAGAAAGUUUUAUCUUAUAAAAGAUUUGAGUUAUAGGAUCAUGCUGUGCUACACAGGCACGGCCUUAUGGGAAGCUCUCAGAUAAUAUAGAUUUAUCUACCCCAAACCAAAAGCAAUUGCACUUCUAGAAUAAUUACCUGGAAGUUUCAUAAUUUUUAAACAUUAUUAUUGGUUAUACUAUGUGUCUACUUUGACUGAUGAUGUAUCUAUCUUGUAAAAUGGGUUACUUUGGUGACUGAGAGAAAAAAAAAUCAGAGGAACAAGCCAGGACUGUUCCAUCCAAACCAGGGCACAUAACCAACCAAACGACUCAAGUGGCGGACAGCCAGGUGGAGAAUCAUAGUUUCUGCUGUCUACAGUUCACAUCCUGAGGAAAGAGGCGUGAUGGAACAUUCUGUGACUGGGAAUUUUGUGUUUGGAGAUGUAGGUAGGGGUGAAAUUGCACUUCCUGCCUGUCCAUGUGAGAUAAAAUCAGAGCUGGAAGUGCUGAUAGUGCUCAGAGUCCCGGGUCCUUUUGAAAGACUGUGUGACACAGACCAGUGGACAAAGAAGGCCUCCUCUUCUCUUGGAAAAUCUGUAAACAUGAAGCUGUUUCUGGUUCUCAUUGUUCUGCUGUCUCAGGUACUCACAGCUGGGGCAAAACCCCCGAGAUGUUUUCAUAAUGUGGCAGGCUACUGCAAGAAGAAAUGCAAACUGGGAGAAAUAUCUGAGAUAGGGUGUCUACACGGAAAAUUAUGUUGUGUGAACGAAGAGGAAAACAAAAAAUACUACAAAUUCCAGCAACCACCUCCGCACUCUGAUCAGAAGGUCGAGGGGGUGUCUGACUAUAUUAUUUACCCCACCAUCACACUCGUCUCAGUCCUGUGAAGCAAGCCUUUGUUUCCUUGUUCUCCACUUGUCCUAAAUCAAAUGCGAAUCAAGCCCAGCAGGUAGCAGAGAUGUAUCUCCUUCCUUAUAUGAACUUGAUUCUCACCAAAUAAAGUCCUAUGCUUUUGCCUAUAUUUAUUUGUUGAUUUUCACUCAUUUUUUGAAUACUUCAAACAUGAAUAAAUAACUGCCACGCUCAGGGUGCUACAGUAGUGAGAGGGGAUAGAGAAAUGAAACGAACACUUUAGGAAGGGUGAAAGCCAGCCUUUCCAUGUUCCAUGCAAGACAAUAUUUUAUAGAAUCUCAAGUAUUUCUUUUUUUAGAAAAAUUGAAAUUUCUUAUGCCUAAGAAAAUCUGAAUGCUUCACUGUCCUCUCCCCUCCAAAUACAAAGGGUUUUGCUAACAACCAAGAAUUCAUUUAAGGGAAGAAAAAUAUUUGAACGU